AUGUACGCAUUGCUGCUGCUUUUUGCUGUCAGUGUUAUUGCUGAAGAUGCGUCAACUCAAACUCGGGACGCCUUCAUCGUUGCAAGCAAAUUCCCUCAAUCCAUCUAUGCCGUUGAGAACAUGGAUCUUGUGCUAGAAUAUGGAUUGUACAAUACUGGUGACAAAGCUGCAUUGAAGGUUACUCUCGACGAUCGUCACUCGUUCCCAACCCAGUCAUUUGAAAUUAUCAAGGGUCUCCUUAAUGUUCGGUUUGAGAGAAUCAAUCCUGGAGCGAAUGCUACCCACUCUGUUGUUAUUCGACCACGUCAAUUCGGAGUGUUUAACUACACUUCCGCUCAAGUCACAUACACAUCCGAAGACAGCAACGACAUUCGUGUUGGAUACACGAAUGCUCCCGGUGAAGGAUACAUCUAUCGUCUGAAAGAAUACGAACGUAAAUUUGCUCCUAAAUAUAUCUAUUGGGUUGUGUUCUUCAUUCUAAUCGCCCCCACUACUCUUGGAUCCUACCUCGCUUAUUCCAAGAGCAAGAACAAGUAUGAAGAGUUGGCCAAGAAAAGGAACUAA